CAGCAGCGGGAUAGCUGCGCGGCGUUCACACCAACAGGCUUCUCACGCUUGCACGAUGCAUCCCUCCCUAUUGGAGAGCUCGAACAGAUCAGGUCUGCCAGCGCCGCAUGAUCGGACGGGCCUUUCUGGGACCAGAUCAUGGUUUGAAGAUGUCGUACUUGCUGGCGAGUAUGAGCUCGAGGGCGUAGGGAGGUGUUGCGAGCCGCUGCGCCGCAUGCACCACCUGCCCAAGAUAGGCUCGGUCCUCCCACCCAAGCCAUGCAGCAGUCGUCAGUCGAAUUGCCUUGGCUGCCGCCUCAACUCAAUCGAGAAUUUGAAGCACGGACACGGACACGGGCCCGUUCGCCCCACCCUCGCCAUCAAAGGGCAAUCUCCGGUAUAUGGAACACAAGCAAAGCGACUCCCACAUCAGAGUGAACAGCAGCAGAGCUCUGCUGCCUGCCCACGCGAGGUCAAGCGCAAUCCACCGCUUGCUCUGCAAGGUGAGUCAGAAAUCGCAACCCUGCACCUUCCUUUUAGCUUCCUAUUCACGAUUACAAGUCUCAGCCCCUAAAGUCUGAUCUUACGAGGAAGUCUCAACCCCUCCACGACUUCCCAUCCUCGGGGGCAUCCUACCAUUCGCGAUCAAUACUUCGUACUUCACCGCAUGCAUGGCACAACGGUCGCCUGGCUUCUCGACCGGUAUAGGCGCUCAAGCGUGGGUAAAGUAAUCGCCUGAACACAGCCUUGGCCAGGCGCAGUGCAGCUCCGCUCGACCAAGCAGCGACGCUUUUGCAUAGGACGAAAGAGCUUUCUGGCUGGUCCUUGGAUGGACGCAACCUCUCGGAAGCUUUCCUCACUCACUCGUGCUGAUAGACACCAACC